AUGUCGCAGACGCAAUUGCGCGCGCGUGCACAUGCAUGUGUUGAGUAUGCCGACCAAGUGGAGAAGCUGUCUCUCGACGCGCCUAAUCUAGCAGACGACAAUGAUCUUCAUGGAGUCGCAGUGGCCGCCAAAUUCAUAACACCGUUGGACCCAGUGAUUGAGACUAUCGAUGGAAACAGAUUGCCUGCGGUGCCUGUGCAGGAAGCGCAUCGCAUCAACAUACUCAAGGAUAAGAGCGAAGGGCGACCGAGUCGAGACCACACACCACCUCAUGGGCUGAGUCGAUUCCAGCGCCCCGAAACACCCACCUCUGAAGUCAACGGCGACGACAUUCUCGAGGCUGAUAAGGAGAGUCAAUCGAAUCGUCUAGACGAGGCUCUUCCGCCGGCUCACACUCAUCCACUAUUUCCCCCACUACCCUUGUACGGGCCUCCUUCUCUACUUCGAAACCUCCAAUGCUAUUUUUUCCGAGUUACCUCCUUCUUCCUCUCGACCGGAUUCUUGGCCGUAAUUGUCCUUGGAUCCAUCUUCACAUCCAUCACUAGCCUGCUGCAGUACAUCUGGUGGUGGAUGACGUUUCGUGACCCUGACUCUAGACGGCCCCAUUACGAGGAAGAGCAACGGCGAGCCAAGAUUAGGGAAGAACAAGAUGCUGAAUGGAGAGAGAGCACACAAAGAGAAGAUGCGGAUAGACCGAAUCGCAAGAGGCCGAGAGCGUCGUCAUCAGUGGAUGAGUAUGAGCCCCUUGAGGGUGGGCCUGAUAAGCUGGUGUGCGAUGUGCAAUACUAUGCACGGAGAGUGGGCCUUGACAUGGAGGAGUUCAAGGUUCAGACCGAGGAUGGCUUCAUUAUUUCACUUUGGCACGUGUACAAUCCGAAGGAGUACACACCAGCUCCGGGGCAGCGACGUCGGGCGACUUCACCCCAGAUCUUCACUGACGAAAAUGACCAUGUAUACCAUAAUGUCCAACAGCAAUAUCGUGACGGAUCAAGAAGAUACCCGGUCCUUCUGAUUCACGGUCUUCUACAAAGCGCCGGUGCUUACUGUGCAAAUGACGAUGAGAGCCUGGCGUUUUUCCUUUGCAAGUCUGGCUAUGAUGUUUGGUUGGGAAACAACCGAUGUGGGUUUACACCAGAGCAUAGCCUCCUCAAAUAUCACGACCCACGGAUGUGGGCGUGGAACAUUCGGCAAAUGGGGGUGAUGGAUUUGCCUGCUCUGAUCUCACGCGUCUUACGCGAAACUGGGUUCGAGAAACUGGGAUUGGUGUGUCACAGCCAGGGUACGACUGAGACCUUUGUCGCACUGGCCAAAGAGCAGCGGCCGGACCUGGGGGACAAGAUCAGCGUGUUUUGUGCGCUUGCCCCUGCCGUCUACGCAGGACCCCUUAUUGGAAAGAUGUACUUCAAGUUUAUGCGUGUCAUCUCACCAGCCAUGUUCCGAAUCUUUUUUGGAAUACACAGCUUCAUCCCGCUCAUGAUGACGAUGCAUCGAACGUUACCAGGAAAGAUAUACGGGGCAAUGGGAUAUCGGGUCUUUUCGUUCUUAUUCAAUUGGACAGACGAUCGGUGGGAUUUGGGACUGCGAAAUCGUCUUUUCCAGUUUUCGCCUGUGUAUGUGAGUUCGGAGAGCAUGCGGUGGUGGUUGGGACGGGAGUGUUUUGCCAAACACCGGUGUAUUCUGGCGACACGAGAGGAAUGGCAGAAGGAGGAAGUCGAGGACGAGGCAGAAGAGGAGAAGCGUGAGGAUGCCAUGUCUCACGACUCCGAAAGAGGACAAAGGGCUUGGUAUGAUGAGCACGUGCCUCCUUUCGCACUCUGGGUCGGGGGACGGGACGAAUUGGUCGAUGGACGACGUCUGCUGCGACGGUUUGAGAGAGGACGGGAACCUCAUGUCAAGCUGGUUCAUUCCAAGAUCAUAGAGGAAUACGAACACCUUGACGUGCUAUGGGCGAUCGAUGCAAUGGAGCAGGUUGGAAAGGAAGUUAGGCAUAUCCUAUGCCAGACGAUGCCCGAGAGUGCACGAACGAUCUGCAGAGAAAUCAAAGGGGUCGAGGAUGCAUUGGAAGAUGGUUCAGGAAUUGGUGUCCAAGAGCGAUGA